GUCAGAUGGUGUCCUCCGUGGCUGGUCAGUUGUGCCUGUGGCCAAAGGCUUUAUUUAAAAAGCCACCACAAUUCAUUCUCCCCACAGCCCUAGAUAGAAACCUCUUGGGGCAUGCUCUUAGCAUUUGAACUUUGUAAGAACUGGACAAUGACAGUCUGUGGUGCUUGAGGGUUUUUCUAGCCACAGUUCAGGAAGCUUCGGGACUCUGGAAAUACCACUGACUAAUUUAAGUGAAAGAGCAGUUAGUGUAGGGGGGGGCACCCUGACUCUGGAGUGGCCUGGGCUCCAUCAUUUCUGCACCUUCAUUGUCUCAUUUGUUAAAUGAAGGCCUUGGAGCCGAAGCUCUUUAAUCCUUCCCUUCAGGAUUCUAAUUAUAGUAACUUCUGAUAGAAUUUACAUCUCCGUCGAAGCCUAAGGAAUCGAUACCCCAUAGGUUCUUCUCCUACAGUGCCACUCCAGCUCAUACUUCUCUGCUGUGGUCUGAACUGACACAAGAGCUUAGAGGAUCACUACAGCUUUGUAAACCUUCAAGGUGUCCUCAGCAGAAAACAAAAACAAAAACAGAACCUCAUCAUUUUGAAGAGUGCUACGUUUUUGCCAGUCACCUCUUGCAACUGCGUGCCAAAGAAGGACUCCAUGAAAGAUGACAGAAGAAGUCAUUGUCAUAGCCAAGUGGGACUACACGGCCCAGCAGGACCAGGAGCUCGACAUCAGGAAGAACGAGAGACUGUGGCUGCUGGAUGACUCCAAGACCUGGUGGCGGGUGAGGAACGCAGCCAACAGGACGGGCUACGUGCCGUCCAACUAUGUGGAGCGCAAGAACAGCCUGAAGAAAGGCUCCCUGGUGAAGAAUCUCAAGGACACGCUAGGCCUCGGAAAGACGCGCAGGAAGCCGAGCGCUCGGGAUGCAUCCCCAACGCCCAGCACUGAUGCGGAGUACCCGGCCAAUGGCAGCGGUGCUGACCGCAUCUAUGACCUCAACAUCCCCGCCUUCGUCAAGUUCGCCUACGUAGCUGAACGAGAGGAUGAGCUUUCCCUGGUGAAGGGCUCCCGUGUCACAGUCAUGGAAAAAUGCAGCGAUGGCUGGUGGCGCGGCAGCUUCAAUGGGCAGAUCGGCUGGUUCCCCUCCAACUACGUGCUGGAGGAGGCAGAUGAAGCUGCCGCUGAGGCCCCCAGCUUCCUGAGCCUUCGUCGCGGUGCCGCUCUGAGCAAUGGGCAAGGAGCACGGGUUCUGCACGUGGUGCAGACGCUGUACCCCUUCAGCUCCGUCACUGAGGAGGAGCUUAGCUUUGAGAAGGGGGAGACCAUGGAGGUGAUUGAGAAGCCUGAGAACGACCCUGAGUGGUGGAAAUGCAAAAAUGCCCGGGGCCAGGUGGGCCUGGUCCCCAAGAACUAUGUGGUGGUCCUCAGUGAUGGGCCUGCAAUGCACCCCGCGCACACCCCACAGAUCAGCUACACCGGGCCCUCAGCCAGCGGGCGAUUCGCUGGUCGUGAGUGGUACUAUGGCAACGUGACACGGCACCAGGCCGAGUGCGCGCUCAAUGAGCGGGGCGUCGAGGGCGACUUUCUCAUUAGGGACAGCGAGUCCUCGCCCAGUGACUUCUCUGUGUCUCUCAAAGCGUCAGGGAGGAACAAGCACUUCAAGGUGCAGCUGGUGGACAGCGUCUACUGCAUUGGGCAGCGGCGGUUCCAUAGCAUGGACGAGCUUGUGGAGCACUACAAGAAGGCCCCCAUCUUCACCAGCGAGCACGGGGAGAAACUCUACCUCGUCCGGGCCCUGCAGUGAAGGCAGCCGUCAGCCUUUCCAUGCCCUGCCCGCUGUGGGCCUCGCUGCCACCUCCGCCUCCUAGAGCCCAGCGGUGCCAGCCACCUCCACCCACGCAGCCUGGAUCACCUCCGUGGCCCAGUGUGUUCUCUGCAGCCCUGUUGGUCCAAACAUAGCUACCCAGGCCCUCAUAGCCAUGCCCGCGGCCACCACCUUCUGGCCACCUUCAGGUGGUGAGGGUCAAAGGGAGCAAAGCUGCUCACUUUUUUCCUUUAUAAUUGGAAGCAGUCUGUUUAAAUCUUACACACACACACACACACACACACACACACACACACACACACGCGCGCGCGCGCGCGCGCGCGCGCGCAGUAAAAGACUGAGGCUUAUUCAGAGGGCAGAAAGUCUGUUAUGUAGUGAAUAGCACACUCUGAGAGCUGUGUCCACGGGUGCUUGGUGCCUCCCAUCAGCCAUGUUGGUCCAGGACCUGCAUUUUUUAUUUUAUUUUUACUUUUUUUUGGCUCCAGGCUCUGCAGGAGUCCAAGAAUGUGCGGAUAGCAAUACUGGAAACCCUGGGGAGAUGGUGGUGAGGGAACUGCCCAGUGCCUUUGAGGCUGUGCUUGCAAUAAAAGAGGGUUUUUUUUGUUUUUUGUUUUUUUGUUUUUUCUUGGUCUGCA